GCUCGUGCAGCAGCAGACCGGAAACAAGCUUGAAAAUAACCGCUGGUAAACUUUAACAACACUCACAAAAAUGUCUUCCGGAACUUGUGUGGAAACUGCUGAACACUCCUCACUCCUGAGGUUUUUGUCUGCUGUAUUUUACGCCGGCAGCUCGUUUUUUAUCACGGUGGUGAAUAAAACGGUGCUGACGAGCUUCAGGUUUCCCUCCUACAUGUGUCUUGGAAUCGGUCAGAUGAUCACAACUGUUCUAGUCCUUUAUGCUGCCAAAAUGAGCAAAACCAUACAGUUUCAAGACUUUGACAGAAGUGUUCUAGUGAAAAUUUUCCCUCUUCCACUGCUAUACGUUGGAAAUCACAUAACAGGACUGGCGAGCACCAAAAAGCUCAGCUUGCCCAUGUUUACAGUAUUCCGGAAAUUCACCAUAGUGAUGACAAUGAUCUUGGAAGUAUAUGUACUAAGAAAAACAUUUCCAAAGAGUCUUGUGUACAGCGUUUUGGCUAUAGUCCUUGGUGCCAUGGUUGCUGCAAGUUCUGACCUGGCAUUUGAUGCUGAAGCCUAUGUUUUCAUAUUGCUGAAUGAUGCCUUCACUGCCACCAGCAGCGUGUACACCAAGAAGAAACUAGGCGCUGAGGGACUGGGGAAAUAUGGUGUCCUAUUUUACAAUGCACUAAUCAUUGUUAUCCCCACUCUAUUGGCAAGUGCAUUUACAGGAGACCUACACAAGGCAGUUACUUUUGAAGACUGGGUCAAAACCACAUUUGUGUUUUGUUUUCUCAUGUCUUGUAUCAUGGGAUUUGUACUGAUGUACUCCAUCAUUCUGUGCAGCUAUUAUAACUCAGCCCUUACUACUGCAGUAGUCGGGGCAAUUAAGAACGCUGCAGUGGCAUACGUUGGCAUUUUUGUGGGUGGAGACUACUUGUUCUCUUGGACAAAUUUCAUAGGCCUUACUAUUUGUAUAUCAGGUGGACUGGUGUACUCGUACCUGACAAUUCACAAAACAUCUGGAGGCAAUGCAGACCAAACACAGCUGAAGAUCCACAUUGCAGAUGAUUCUACACAGAAGUACUGUGCCUCUCAAACAGAUACUAUUUAAGCUGUCACCACUUGGUGGCAAUGUUCUGCUCCAUAUUGGAGCAAAAUUUGUCUUAAAACCUGUGCCGGGAUUUUAAAUGUUCCCAUCUGAUGAAAUCAGUGAGGCAAUAAAGUGACAGGAAGCA